UGUGCUUACCACUCAUUCAAUUCGGUUCGUUGUUGCUAGUGAAAGUCCACGCCGCCUCUCCGUCUCCGUCCAUCCGCGCUCAAUGCCGGCGGCCACCGGAUGCGACAUCGUCGGCGCGGGAACGGCCACCUUCGCCGUCGUCUGCGAGUACGACGAUCGCUUCGGCGUGGUCCUCGAGCUCGUCGCGUUCUCCGCCUUCGUCCUCCUCCUGCGGUACGCUGCGGCCCUCUACGCCAACCACCGGAUCGCCACACUGAGCGCCCACGACGACCUCCCGCCGCCGCCGGCAGCACGGAGCGACGGCGCCUCGUCGUCAGGCCUCGACGACGCCGCCAUCGCGCGGCUGCCCUGCUUCGUCGUCGUCGUGAGCCGCGGGGCCGGGGCGGCUGCCGCCGCGACCGCGACGGAGUGCGCGGUGUGCCUGGGCGCCGUCGAGGAAGGCGAGACGGCGCGGUCGCUCCCCGGCUGCGCGCACGCGUUCCACGCGCGCUGCGUCGACGCGUGGCUGCGCCUGCGACCGACGUGCCCCGUGUGCCGGGCGACGUGCCGCUGAUCAGACACCGGAGGCACUUGCACGCCGCGCCGCGACCGCUGGUGCUCAAGAUUCGUCCAUGUCGAUUCAAGUAGCCGUCCUUCGGUUCGAACGCGAGUACACACUGUGAUUAAGUGAUUUUUCUCUACACAGUAUAUAUCUUGUCACGCAAAAUGAUAUUGACGAUUCUGUUUGUUUGUUUUUUCACAAAGAACUCAUAUUAAGUACAGUACAGCGUUGUGGAGGAGCAUAAAAAGAAGUAAAUUUCACCCAU